CACAUUUUACAAUCUAAGAGUAAUGUUCCAUCUGAAUUUGCUUUCAGGUGACAUCAGUUGAUGAUGAAGAUACUGCGGUGGAUCUGCAGGAUCCGGGUGAGGAGGUGGAAGUGGGAGAUGGUAGCUGUAUUCUUUACUGGCACUUUGUGCUUGCUCAUAUUGAUGAAAAUAAAAGUCCAGAACAAGAACCAAGUGGAGCCUGCACCCCUCUUAGAAGAUGAAUGGAAUCUGGAAAGCGAAGCUGGGACGCCUCAAGUUUUUCCAAGUUUACCUCCCAAAUGUGAACAGAGCUCAUCUGCUUCCAAUAUCAGUGGAUUUUCCUCCUUGCCCCAACGCAUUCAAGACUUCCUGUAUUACCGCCAUUGUCGCCAUUUCCCAAUGUUGCUAAAUGCUCCUGACAAGUGUGGGGGUCCCGAGAAGUCCUCAGAUGUGUUUCUUUUGUUGGUCAUCAAGAGUUCUCCACCCAAUUACGACAGACGGGAGGUGCUGCGGAAAACAUGGGCUGCUGAGAGGCUGCAGAACGGCAUCUGGAUUCGUACCGUGUUUAUAUCCGGGACUGCUGGACAGAGCUUUGAGAAGCAGAGGCUGAACAAACUCCUGGAAGCAGAGAACCUUGAACACAAGGACAUUCUGCAGUGGGACUUUCAUGAUUCCUUCCUCAACCUCACACUCAAGCAGAUCCUUUUCUUGGAAUGGAUGGAGAAAUUUUGCCCCAACGCCCACUUCCUGCUCAACGGGGAUGAUGACAUUUUUGCCAACACAGAUAACAUGGUGGUGUAUCUCCAAGGGUUGGAUAGAGAUAGUGACAACAAACACCUGUUUAUGGGCUACAUGAUGCAGAAUAAUGGACCGAUCCGAGACAUGGCCAGCAAAUAUUAUGUCCCGGUCCAAGUGUAUAAAUCAGAAAUAUUUCCUCCCUAUUGCAGCGGAGGUGGAUUCCUGCUUUCACGUUUUACUGCCAAGACAAUCUACAAUAUGUCUCAAUCCAUCACUAUUCUGCCCAUAGAUGAUGUUUACAUGGGAAUGUGUCUGGAGAAAGCUGGGCUGAAACCUUCAUCCCACAUUGGCGUUUGGCCUCUUGGCCUAGAUGUUCACUCCAAAGUGCUGGACCCUUAUGACCCUUGCUAUUACCGUGAAAUUAUUCUAGUCCACAGAUUCCUGCCUCAUGAAAUUUACAUCAUGUGGCAUGAAGUCCACCGGCAAGAUCUGAAAUGUGGAAAGUCAUUAAUUUCUCUUUAACACAAGACUCUUGAAAGGUUUUGCAUGAAUUUACUUAAUGCACACAUUUAUCCACAGCAACGUACAGUAUAAUGAAGGUAUACAUGUGUAUGUACAUGGAUUACACAAAAUGGACAAUAAAGUCUGUUCAAUAAAGGUGUUAAAUAUCUCA